GCCAAUUAGGAAUGACGGGGUGAUUCUGGGGGGAAACCGGGUGUUUCCGCACAAUGCACCUCCACUACAUUCCCUUUGGAGAGCAAGAUGGGCGGCAAAGGGAAGGAAGGAAGGAAGUAGAAAGGAAAAUAAGUGGCUGAGUGUCCAUAAAGCAUCAUUCAAAAGAAGGCAAUAACCUUCGCAACUUAGAAAGGAUCAUGGAUCACCUGGCUUCAUUCAGCAGUGACCCUUUUGACAAGCCACCAUGCCGAGGGUGUUCCUCUUACCUUGCGGAACCUUACAUCAAAUGUGCAGAAUGCAGUCCGCCUCCUUUUCUGCUAUGCUUGCAGUGCUUCACAAGAGGAUUUGAAUAUAAGAAGCAUCAGAGUGACCAUUCCUAUGAAAUAAUGACCUCUAAUUUCCCCGUCCUCGAUCCUACCUGGACCGCUCAAGAAGAAAUGGCUCUUCUGGAAGCAGUGAUGGACUGUGGCUUUGGAAAUUGGCAAGAUGUCGCCAAUCAGAUGAGCACAAAGACGAAAGAAGAGUGUGAAAAGCAUUACAUGAAACAUUUCAUCAAUAACCCCCUUUUUGCAUCCUCCUUAUUACAUCUGAAGCAGGCAGGGGAGAAGCAGCAAACCAGCUUAGCCAUUCCGUUUUACGCAACUGAAGAUCCUCCCCGACCUACUUUUGAUUCCCUUCUUUCUAGAGAUAUGGCAGGAUACAUGCCAGCCAGGGCUGAUUUCAUUGAGGAGUUUGACAAUUAUGCUGAAUGGGAUUUAAGAGAUAUAGAUUUCGUGGAGGAUGACUCAGAUCUUUUACAUGCUUUGAAGAUUGCAGUCGUAGAUAUCUAUCACUCUCGGUUAAAGGAAAGGCAAAGACGGAAAAAAAUCAUAAAAGACCAUGGACUCAUCAAUCUCAGAAAGUUUCAGAUUCUGGAAAGAAGAUACCCAAAGAAAGUUCAAGAUCUCUAUGAGUCCAUGAGGCGUUUUGCAAGAAUAUUAGGACCAACGGAACACGAUAAAUUCAUAGAGAGCCAUGCGCUGGAGUUUGAGCUGCGAACCGAAAUCAAACGCCUACAGGAAUACAGGGUAGCAGGAAUCACCAAUUUCUGCAGUGCGAGGACUUACGACCAUCUCAAGAAGGUCCGGGAAGAGGAGCGACUAAAACGCACCAUGCUUUCCGAAGUCCUGCAGUACAUCCAGGACAGCAACGCCUGCCAGCAGUGGCUCAGCCGGCAAGCUGACAUCGAUUCCGGCCUGAGUCUCACAGUACCAAUUACGUCAAAUUCAGGUAGAAGAAGCGCCCCUCCGUUGAACCUCACCGGUCUCCCUGGAACAGAAAAACUGAACGAGAAGGAAAAAGAGCUCUGUCAAAUCGUACGGUUGGUCCCUGGAGCAUACUUAGAGUACAAAGCCGCCUUAGUCAACGAGUGCCACAAACAAGGAGGCCUGAGACUAGCCCAGGCCCGGGCCCUGAUCAAGAUCGACGUGAACAAGACCAGGAAGAUCUACGACUUCCUCAUCCGAGAAGGAUCCAUCACCAAAGCCUAACAG